AUGAAGAUGCAGGAAAGUGCCUACGGUGACGAAUUUAGUAAACUGACUUCAAAUAAGAAGAUAGCAACAUCAAGCUCGCUGGUAAACUGUGUCCAGUGCUUAAUGAGGGUCUGUUACGAGUUGGCGGGCGACACUGAAUUUUCCGAGGAUAGCAAACAUCCGAUCAUUUUACCAAGCAAACACCACGUGACAGAACUUAUAGUACGGAAAUAUCACGAGGUUAAUCAUCACAUGGGAGCUCAUCAUGUAUUAUCGUUGACUCGACAGUCGUAUUGGAUAAUUCACGGAAUAAGGACAGUGAAACAUGUAGUCAGGGCAUGCAUGGAUUGUAAACGGCGCUUCAGGAAAACACAACGACAACAGAUGGCACCGUUGCCAGUUGAGAGGCUUACUCCGAACAAACCUCCGUUUACGUAUGUUGGUGUGGACUAUUUCGGGCCUAUGUAUGUCAGGGUCGGUCGUAGCCAACAGAAACGAUGCGGGUGCAUGUUUACCUGCUUGACGACAUGA